AUGGCGACUGUGUCUCUUCUACGAAAUUGCUGAAGGUGCUCCCGCUAGCUCCUGCAGAUGCAACCACUUAGUUCGAAUCAAUUAAUCUUGUCAUUUACUGCUAGUUCCGCUCUGGAAACUAUUGAAUAGUUUCGUGCUAGGAAAGGACCUUUCACUCCAGAGAAGACAUGAAAAGGUCAGCUAAUUACAGCUUCAACACAUUGAAAACGUGAGCGUAUAAUAGCUCUAGGCAUGGUUGGCCUCAUGCCAGCUGCUUUGUUUAUUCAGGUAUCUACAACGAACCAUUUGCUCAGAUUUGUUUACCCCCAUGGUUUCUGGUGAAUCGAUGAAGUGCUGAAAGAUUACCUAGUGAAAUUUUUGCUCUGAUUUUGGCAAAAGUUUUUGUAUCUUCUGACUGUCAUUGGUUUUGCUGGUCUAGUCAACUUUAAUUUCAAUGACGUUGGUGUGUGCAAAGUCAUUAAGAUGCUCUGUUUCUUGUAA